CUAAUUCUUCACCCAUAUUCCAUUUUCCAUGCACCUCACUUCCUUCCUCUCCAUGCCUCUACUCCUACACUUUCUCUCUUCUUCAUUCCUUCCUUCUAGAUUAAUUUCUUUUGCUCUAACAAUCAACAUACAAUGAAGCUCAAGCUCGGCCUCCACCUUUCAAUUUCAUCAUCCUAAGGCCAUUGCAAACAGAAGGACAUGACAAGUGCAUUAUUGCUAAAUCUGUCACUAUCAUUAGUGGUAUUAUUAUUCCUUCUUUCAUGUGUAAUUCACGAGUGUGAAGGCCAAGGCCCCGAGGCUUUGCCUCCAGCAGCAGAAGCUUGUAACGGAGUUUUCAUUUCCUACGACUUUCUCACUCGAAGGAAAGAAUUCCCUCGUGUGAAGAACGCCACAGCACAGUCUUGGGCCUUCAAUUCCACGGCAACAGUUCUCAACACAGGCAAAGAUGUGGUUAAAGCAUGGAAGUUGUUCAUAGGGUUUCAACAUGAUGAGAUUCUAAUUUCUGCCGAUGGUGGCAAUAUAUUAGAUGGGACUGAUUACCCUGCUUUGGUAGGAAAUGGCACCACCUUUGUUGGAACUUCUGUGCCAGAUUUGGAUAGCUCCAUCAACACAGCAAUGGAUUUUUCACAGAUUGGAGCCAUGAUUAACCUUAUUGGCACCCAGUUUGGAGUUAAGCCUCCUACAGUUCCUAUGCCUAAAACCAUAAAGUUGGAAAAUGAUGGAUACAAGUGCCCCCAACCAAGUGUCCGUAAGAGUUCAAUGUGGGCGUGUUGUAAAAAAGAUCCAAAAUUCAAGGCUGUACUUCGAAAGACAAAAUUCUUGAGACGCCAAAAAGGGGAUCUUUCCAUAUCCUAUGACGUUAAUCAAGUGUUUGAUAAUAAUUACAUGGUUCAAGUGACCAUGGAGAAUAAUCACCUCUUGGGACGCAUGGAUCAUUGGAACUUGACAUGGGAGUGGACACGAGGAGAAUUUAUAUACAGCAUGAAAGGUGCUUUCACACGUGACAUAGACUACUCAGGUUGCGUCUUUGGUGAUGCAGGACAGUAUUACAAGGGCAUGGAUUUCUCUAAAGUCAUGAACUGUCAAAAGAAUCCAAUAAUCAGUGACUUGCCUCCAGAGAAAGCUGAGGACCCUGAAAUAGGAAAGGUACCUCACUGUUGCAGAAACGGAACUCUUUUACCUCUCCACAUGGAUCCAUCCAAAUCCAAGUCCAUUUUCAACAUGCAAGUGUUCAAAAUUCCACCAGACAUGAAUAAAACAGCAAUCUACCCUCCAGAGAAAUGGAAAAUAAUGGGCAUUCUAAACCCAGAUUAUAAAUGUGGGCCACCUAUUAGAGUGGAACCUGCGAAAUUUCCCGAGCCUAGGGGACUUGAAGCAACAGUUUAUGCCAUUUCAAGUUGGCAAAUAGUGUGCAAUAUCACUAAGCCAACCAAGAGGAAAACUCGUUGUUGCGUUUCUUUCUCUGCUUAUUACAACGAGUCUGUAAUUCCCUGUAACACAUGUGCCUGUGGUUGUGAUGAUACUAAUGUUGAUACUAAUAAAAAACGUUGUAAUCCAAAUUCACCUGCAAUGCUUCUCCCUCCAGAAGCUCUUCUUGUACCCUUUGAUAAUAGGUCAGCAAAGACAGUUGCUUGGGCCAAACUUAAGCAUUUUAGUAUCCCAAAAAGAUUGCCAUGUGGAGACAAUUGUGGAGUCAGCAUAAACUGGCACUUGGCUUCAGAUUUCAAAGGUGGGUGGAGUGCUAGAAUCACUCUCUUCAAUUGGCAGACUAGGAAUUAUGAGAAUUGGUUCACUGCACUGCAAUUCAAGAGGGCUGCUCGUGGUUAUGAAAAAGUGUAUUCUUUCAAUGGAACAUUCCUUCCAAAGCUCAACCAUACUAUUUUCUUGCAAGGGUUGCAAGGAGCAAACUUUUUGAUAGCUCUUGACAAUACAUCAAACCCUAAGGUGCCAGGAAAACAACAAUCUGUUAUUUCAUUUACUAAGAAGUAUACACCAGGCCUUCACAUUGCAAAAGGAGAUGGGUACCCUUCAAAGGUUCUUUUUAAUGGUGAAGAGUGUUCUAUUCCUACCCAUAUCCCUGUGAGGAGUGGAAACCAACGUAAUGUAGAUUUACAACUCGAACUAUUAUUUGUAGUUUUAGUUUUUACAAUAAGUCAAAUACUAUUGUAUUAA